GUGCAACUAUUUCUGCCUCCACGGCGUAGUAGAGGAAGGGCUCGGCUGUACUCGAUCCCGUUGGGACAAUAAUGGGCUAGAAAGCUAGGCAGAACGAGGGCUUCUCUUCCCCAGGACAAGCGGCAGCGAUUCGCACCCCCCGCCCCCCCUGUUUUGUUCAGCCUUAGCAAAGAAGUCGCCUGGUUGUUGGAAGAUGUCUGGCGGGAGUCCCCGGAGGAGAAGCGCUUCCCCCUGGCACAACCAUUUCUCUCGACUUUUUACGAGAAGUUCUCCCAAGGAACAGGAAGAAGAGAGCAAAGUAGCCCCCGAACUGCACUGCGCACGAAGUUUUGAAAUUAAGGAAGAUGAAUCUACAGAUGUGAUUUGUCCAAGAAAAGAAAGCAGUCCUCUUCCAGAAUUGUUAAAGGUUUCAGUCUGUAAAAAUAAGGAUUUCUCUACAGAAGAUGUAAAUAGAUCUACCACUCAAGAGGAAUUAAGGAAAGCAAAUAGUCUUCCUAGUUUGAUUCAUGAAAGCAAAGCAAACAGUAACAAUAAACGGUCUAAAGAAGGAUUUUUCCAAUAUCUUGGAAGUUUAUUUAGUAUUUCUUCUAAAUCGUCAUACAAAGAAAAAGAACCUUCUAAUUUUGGAGAUGGACAUUGCAAAACUAAAAAAGGCUUUUCAAGUCAAGAUAGCCAUCAAGAUAAAAGAUCCACUGAGCAUCUCAAAUCAAAAAUAUUUGUCAUUUCAAAUUUUGGAACUGAACAGAAAAUUUCAAGCAAAGAUGAAGAAAAUAACUUAAGAAUUAAAUCUAGUUCACAACAUUUACAGAAACCUCAGGAUGAAUCUGCUGAAACAGCCAAAAAAACAGAAAAUCAGCCCCAUGCUAUUACUUAUGCAACCUACCGAGGUUCUGCAAGAAUUAAGCAGUUGCUUAAGAAACAAGCAGACUUGGAGCAAGAAAAAGUAACCAGAACCAGCAGUUGUUCUGUGGAAAGCAAAAAAGAGGAAGUCAUAAAUGUUUUAAGCUCAGAAACUACAACAGAACCAAAAUCCUUACUGCAGAAUAGAAAACCUGAAACUAAAGAUGACAAUCAAAGUGCCCAAGAAAACAUGCUUUUGUCAAAAAUGAAUUGGAAGAAGGAUGUUCAGGGUGAUAGUGAACACAACGAACUAAAGAACAAAAUUACCUUUUUGACAGAAACUGAAACCAUCAAAAAUUGCACUGAAGAACUUGAGUGUGUAAAAUGUGUAUCAGUUUCAGACAAAUCAGAAAUUAAUAGGAAGCUUUUGCUGGAGCUACCAGUAUUGCUACCAAAUCAAGCCAGUUCUAGCUUCCAAAAUAUAGAUUCUGCAAAAAUCAAUUCAGAAAACAAUAGAUUAGGUGAAAAGAGAAAAGCAUUAGAAGAAGUACAAAUGCAGCUACAGUCAAACACUGCUACCAUUGUUUGUUGUAAAAAAGAAACACACUUAUGUGCUUUUUCUAACACAGAAACAAAAGAGGCAAUACAAAAUGAGUUGUCAUCUUAUCCCCAAAUAGUGUCAACUAAUAAUGAUCGUCAAUUGUUAGAAGAUAAAUAUUCUUGGACUGACGAUCACUUAAAAUUAGAAUCAGUUAAUCCAUUAUUGUACAUGAAUAGCCAUAACUGUAGUGAUCAAGUAAAUAAUGGAACAAACAGCAAGGAAGAAUUAAAUACAGAUAUGAUGACUGAAAAUCAUUCUCACUUGCUUCUCCAUAAACCAGCAGAGAGAGAAGAAUUGCCAUUAGUUUUCAAAUCAGGAAUGUCAGCCCUUUCCACAGAAAAUGGGUCUGGGUUGCAUUUAUGCAGCAAGAGUGGCCUAGAGAGUAAAGAAACUACUGAACCAUUAUUACUUAGAGAUAUACAAACUAAGUCCAGGAUCUCCAUAAUGUCUAAUAUUGAAACUAGUGAAGUGAUUGAGGAGAAUAUUGGAAUACCUGUUGUGGAACUUGACCAUGUUUUGUCUAAUGGUAAAGAGGAAAAUAAAGCCAACAUUUCUUUGUUAGAUACUGAAUAUACACAUGCUGACUCCUUCAAACCAGAUGUAGAUAAUGUCCCUCAAAGUCUUGAAGCUGAAAAUGAUUGUCACUGUCAUCCUGCCAAGAGAGAUGAAAAUAAAACUCUGAUCCAGCCAUUAACCAACUUAAAUAUUUCUCCAUCUCCUCUUGAGAAACAAAAUAAACUCUUUGAAUUGGAAUACGUAAGACAUGUAAAUAACACAGAUAUGUCAUCUUUUAAAACUACAAAAAUUGAUGCAAUUAAAACUCCAAUUAUUUCUGAGAAAACAAGCAAUUCAUUGCUCAGUAGCAUAGGAAAUCAUGUCAAGCAUCCUGAAAAUAAAGAAGUCUCUUGUCUGUCUCUUAUUUCUUCUUCCAAAAAUGAGUGCUUGACCCACAGUCCUCUACCUGUGAAACCUGAAAAAACUAACUCGCCACCAGAUAAUUCUUCCUCUCUCUUACCUGCAUUGAUCAGUAAUGCUAACAUCUAUGAAGAUAACAUUCAUUUGGAUACUAUGGCUAAAUCUUCAUCUCUUUCAGAAGAUCAGAAUUUUUUGAAGGGUUCAUAUUUUUUGCCUGAUGAACAGGAAAAUAUUUUGAAGCCUGCAAGAGUCACCACUGGAGCAAAUUCUGCAGAGACAGACUACUCUAAAGCUGACUUAAAGUCACAUUUUUUUCUGGAAUCUGGAAACAACUUUAAAUCCCAGAUUAUCCCUGAUACUAUUGACAGAGAUAACUCUGGAAAAAAUACUUUGCCACAUUCUAAUGAAACAAAAUUUUUGACUAGUUCUUAUUCAAUGGAUUCUGAAUCCAUUCUCAUAAAAGAGACCUUUCCUGAUUUUACAUCUGACAAUGUACAUGCACCCAAGUAUGCUAUUCCUACAACUUCUUUUAAAGAUACUUUAGAUCUUUAUUCUCCUGCAUGUGAAGCAAUAGAGACGGUUUUUGACAAAAUCAAUUCUCUUCCUAUAAAUUCUGAAGAAGAUACUGUGAAAUUGUCUUCUAAAGAUAAAUUAGGUAGUCUAUCUUCUGAAUCAACAUCAGAUACUACUGAUUCACCUCCAUUAUUGGCCUCAGUUGCCUAUUACAUGGAUGCUAUAGAUUCUUCAAAGAUAGUGUCAGAAAUGCCUGUUAUUACCCAGCAGAGCAAAGAAAUUAAUACAACUCCCUCAGGGCAGAAUUCUAAUUGCCUCAUGGCUAUGCCUUCAGAAAUUGCUAAUAGAAUAGAUAAACAAACAAUUGCUGCUUUAUUUCCUAAAUCAAACAACCAGUUUUUUAAGGAACCGUUGAAAAAUGUUGAAACAGGAAAGCAAUUGCAAAUUAAAUCUCAAAACUUAACACUCUUGUUUAAAAAGGCGGAUGAAAUAGUAGAUGAAGUUCUUCAUUUAGCAAUAGAAGAAAUUAGAUCAAAGCAAACAGCUUGCAUCUAUCAAAAUAAUGACACUAAGAAUAAUGAAUUAGGUCCUAGCUUUCAAAAAGAUCAGAAAAAUAGAAAAAUGAGGUCAGAAUCUAAAGAAAUACAGUCAAGGAACUCUUCAUUAAAGCCCUUUAAUGUGAAUUGUAUCACAAAGUUCUCUGGAGUUGGGAUAGAUAAAUUUAACAAUGAUACUCAGAAUGAAAAGGAACCAUUGAAUGUCACAGAGAUAACUGAAUUACACAAUUCAAUAUUGGAAAAACCAAAGGAAAUAACUGAGAAUGCUAUUAAAACAGACAAACAAAAUCCAGCAGUUGUGCCAUAUGAGGAACAUUUAAGUAAGGAUUUUUCUAAAAAUACAAAUAGUAUGUGUUACACUAAAACAUCAGAGAUAUCUAUAACUGAUGCAGAAUUAUCAGCUAAACGUCCUGAAAUAAUUGAAAUACCCUUAAAUUUAAGUCCAGUAUCCCCAGUUGAAGAGCAGCACCCUGUUGAGGGUGUAACAAAUGUCUCAGUUCCUUUUAACUUCAAAAAAGACAGUAAAGAGGUUUCUGGAGAAACAAUUUGUGAAGAAUGGUAUGAUGACAUAGCUAAACUAGAUUCCAGUCCUGACAAAAAUAAUUCCAAAUACAAUAAAGAUGAUGAUUGUGCAACAAAUAUGGCAAUUUUUGGUGAUAUCACUAAUAGCUGGACAUGUGAGAAUCAAUGUAAUUUAGUAAAAAAGGAGGCUGUUAUGACCUGUAAGCAUUUGUCAGCAUGCUCAGUUUUAACAAGGAAUGUGUUACCCUUUAACUCAAACAAUACAUAUGGUAGCUUUUCUGAUAAAUAUAAAGAUGAACUUACAUCCUUAUGUUCACCUGGACAUAAUACGGAGAAUGAUUUCCCAAAAUAUGAGAUAAGAAAAAGCAAAGCUAUUACUGCUGAAAGAAAGGAACCACAUGAAAAAUAUUAUGAAAUACAUAGUGAAUGGGACAGUAGCAAAAUGAGAAAUGAAGAAAUAACACAAGAUAGUAGGUUCAAUGCCUUUUUUAGUACAUCUGAAUCAUCUCUGUUGAGCAACUCAUCAAACAUUGGUUUUGUCCAUGGAGAAGAAGUAAAUGAGGACCCAUGUAUAACAGCAGAUAAUGUACUAAUGGAUUAUUAUCUGGAUAUUGACAGUAAAAAUGAAAAGAGAUCCCCAAAUUGUUUUGCCUUUCAUACACCAGAACACUGGGAACACAAUUCUUCCUUUAAUAUUUUGUAUAAAGACAGUCUUCAAGAUGAAAGCUACUCUUUUUUAGGAGAAGAAAUAAUGGAUACUUUAUCCCAUUCUGAUUUAUCCUUGGAUAACAGUAAUAAGAUGUAUGAAACAUCCAGAUUCGAAGAUGAGCUCUUUCCUUCUUAUGAUGAAAGCAAGCAGUUGAAUGAGAUGCCAGGUGAUUUUUGUUCAGAAUCUUUCAUGACCGUGGAAGCAAAGCGAUACAGGAUUUACCCCUUUUCUUUGUCUCCUAUAUAUGAAGAUGAUGGUUCCCAAGAAGACUUGCCUUCCACUGAUAUCUCACCAGGAAAUCACCAUAGUGGAUCACUAAGAGAAAACCAAUCUUUAUCUAUCUUAUCACUUUUGCAAUCAGUAUCUGAAAAGUUAAAGUCUAGUAAUCAGUAUAAUGAAGAUGAACGAGAAGACAAACUUUAUGAAGGAAAAAAUCAAGAGGAAGAAAAAGAAACCUCUAUUUCCAGUACUUGGCAAGACAAUAAAAAUAUUGAAUUCCCAGAAGACUUUUGUAGACAAUUUAUUUCUAAGGAAGUAUUUCAUUCGGAAGAGACCUCAUCUUUAAGUUCAACAUUUGCAGUUCAUUUUAUUCAAAAAUCUGACCCUGGCAUGAAGCCUUUUUUAAAGGAUACAUAUUCUGAAAAUCUGCCUGGCUUAAGUUAUUUAGAUGAAAAAAGAAGUACACUUGGAAACAGGACAUUGCCAGCUGACCCACAAUCUAAAUCUAAAAAGUUGCUGAAAUUGGUAACCUGUCAAAAGUGCCCUGUUGAUAGGGUCAGACUCAAGUGCAGUCCAAGACCCGGAAAAAUGCUUAUUUGUGAUUUUCAUGGGAAUACAAAUAAACUACCAGUAGAAAUUUAUCGUGAUGUGGUAGAUGCUACCAUCUGGGUAUUUUCAAAAGAAGCAUCAAUCAGAGUUGUUAGAGGAUGCUGGAUUUUAUAUGAGAAACCAACAUUUGAAGGUCAGAAAUAUGUUCUAGAAGAAGGAGAAAGGAUGCUGACUGACAUCUUGAAUCUUCACAGAGAGAAAGCUCAAGAAAAAUUCACAAUUGGUUCCAUCAGGCAUAUAAUGAAGGAUUGUAGUAUUCCUGAAAUUGAACUUUGCUCACACAAUAGUACAGGUCAUUUUCCAAUCUACAUUCAGGCUGGCAUAGCCAAUUUAGAUGAAUUGGAAGUUGAAAAUCCUAUCAUCUCUGUGAAAGCAGGAGUAUGGCUUGCUUAUUCAGAUACUGAUUACAAAGGAGAAAAAACAGUAUUAGAAGAAAAUCAAAGCCCAUGUAAACUUUCAGCCACUGAUGUAAAAUCUCUUCGACCAUUGAAAAUGGGUGGCCUAAAAGUGCAGAUGCCUAUGAAUACUAUGAUGAUAAUAUAUGAAAGACCACACUUUGGAGGAUGGUGUAAAAAACUUUAUGAAAAUACUGAUUGCAUUCCAAUACUUUUUGAAAAUGCUGAUACUUUCCAGGGAAUUGGAUCAAUAUGUGUCAUUGGUGGAAUAUGGGUUGCUUAUGACAAGGAACAAUAUAAAGGCCGGCAGUACUUGCUAGAGGAGGGAGAAUAUGAACACUGGCAAUCAUGGGGUGGAGUCAGCAGUGUUUUGCUCUCUGUAAGAUUUUUGCAAGCUGAUUUUAUGGAAUCUGAAGUAACACUUUUCGAAACUGAGGAGGAAAAUGAAAAAGUAUUGGAUGUUAUAAAUCAAGAAAUUCCUGAUUUAGAAUGUGCAGGGUUUGGCCUAAUGACAAGAUCAGUUAAUGUGAAAAGUGGAGUGUGGGUUGCUUAUCAACAGAAGUAUUUCUGUGGAGAACAAUAUAUAUUGGAGAAAGGAAGAUAUAAGUGUUUUUUGGACUGGGGUGGCACUAGUGAAACUAUUAUGUCAAUUCGCCCCAUUAAAUUGGAACCAUUGGGAGAUCAUCAACCCAUACACUGGAUCAAAGCUUUUGAUAAUAUACACUUCCAGGGAUCAUGUAUUGAUUUUACAACAGAAGCUGCUGAUUUUACAUCAUUCAUGCCACUCUCAUUUAAGGUUUUACGGGGAUGUUGGUUGCUUUAUUAUCAGGGAAAAACUGCUGUUGAACAGUGUGUUCUAGAAGAAGAUCUCUAUCCUGACCUUGCUUCCUGUGGCUGUUCAGCAACUAAAGUCCAGUCCCUUAAGCCUGUUGACCAUGUUUUUGCUGAGCCAUUGAUCAGCCUUUUUGCACUGGAGAAUUGUGAAGGCAAAGAGCUACACUUGCAAGAAGCUACCAAUUCAAUUCUGAAUAAAGAUUUUCAUUUUCUUACUCAGUCAAUAUGGGUAAAAAGUGGCAUAUGGAUUGCUUAUGAAGGAUGCAAUUUCUUGGGGAAACAGUUUCUUCUUGAAUCAAGCAAGAUUUCAAACUGGACACAGUUUAGUGGAUGGAAAGCAAUUGGCUCUCUUCGUCCCAUAAAGCAGCCAGCAGUGUAUUUCAAAAUAAAGAACAGAUCUCAAGAAAAAUACUUGACAGUUGCUGGCACUUUAAUGGACGGAAGAGCUUCGUCAGUAUGUUUGUUCCCACAAAAUGGCAAGAAUACUCAGAUUUGGCAUUACAGUCGUGGACUCAUCAAGUCCAAGAUCAAUGAUGCUUGCCUUGAUGUCAUUGGAGGCAGGGAUAUACCUGGAGCAAAAGUUGCACUGUGGGCAGAACAUGGAAAACCAAGACAGAAAUGGACACUCAAUAAAGAUGGAACCAUCACAUCUUAUCUCAGUGAUCAGCUUGUUCUUGAUAUUAAAGGAGGAGAUUACUAUGACAGAAACCACAUUAUUGUAAAUCAACUUAACAUCAGUGAAUGUACACAGAAAUGGGACUUUGAAAUAUUAUGAAUGGAUGUUCUCAAGAUAAACUAAUUUGAAAAUAUGUAUUAAAUUGUCUGAAAACACUUGAACUUCUGAAGACCCUUAGUAUCGGUAUAUGUUAAAGAUAUACCCAAGACUGCCAAAGAAUAAAAAACAGCUUAUUUAAAUUUAACCAAACUGUUAAUUUUCUACUUUCAAUAGUAUUGUUAUUCAUAAAAUAUUGCAGGGUAAUUUAUGCCAAAUGUAAAUCUUAACAAGUUUGGGUUGUUGGUAACCAAAACCUAAAAUGCAACUUUAUAGAUUAUACCUUCACAGAACUGAUGCAUUGAAAUAUUAGAAAUUUAUACUAUACUUUGAUACAGUACCUUUAAAUUGAUUAAGAAAAUGGAUGAAAUUACUUGUCAAUCCAGUUUGUAUUCUAACGUGAUGAAUUCUGUAUAAUUCUAAUUAAAAGUUAUAAGCAUGUUAAAAAUAACAAAAGGUCAAAAAAGUAAUUGAUCUCAUUUAUUUUUACAAAUAGCCAAAACUGGCUAAAUGAUAAUAUGUGAUUAACUCUUUGCUUAGUAUUUUCCCAAAUUAUGUCAAACUUACACAGGCAAAGUCCUUAUUUUUUUGGUGUGGAUUCAAAAUUCUAGUGUCAUAGCGAAAGAGAUUAUAAAAAACCUAUUCCUCCUAGGACUGCUUCUUCUGGAAAACUGAUGGGAAGGCCUUUCCGUUGCUUUCAAACAAGUGGAACAAAAAGUUGGGAAUCUUAUCUGGUUUCUCCUUUGACAACUGAAUAUUGCUUAAAUUUAGCAAUUUGAAUUGGUAAAUCUUGUCAUCAUUAUGAAGCAGUGUAUCACAGCAGGAAAUUUACCAUACUGUUUACCUACAACUAAGGAAACAUAUGCAAUUACUUAUUAUACAACUUAUAUCUAUGCAGGUUUUUAAA